AUGGAAGGCUUCGAGAUUAACUUUUCAACAGAUCAAGAAAACAGCUUCAAUACAGCUGCUGCCAACGAGUCCGAAAAGCAAGCUUUGAUUCUCAACGAAGAUGACAUUGAUCUGGAGGAUAUUCAAGAUUUAAUACCGACUAUUUUCAUAGUAAAUUACGAAGAUAUUAAUAGUGGGAAAAUGGAAGCGACGGAAAUCAGUGCUUCAGCAGAUGAAGAAAGUAAUAUCGAUAGAGCAGAAAUCAAUGAUUCAGAGAAGGUAGCGCCGAUCCUAGAAGCAGAUAACAUCGAUAGAGAAACCAUGGAAGCUCCAAUGGAUAGUGUUUUAACAACCAAUGAUAUCAAGACGCUCAGCCUGAAAGACGAUGCUUCAAAGAUAAGCACUUCCGAGCACAACGAAAGCAACAUCGAUUUUUGCAGCGCCGAGAAUUCGAAAAGCACUUCUAAUAUUAUGGAAGCAAGUAACAUCGAUCUCAAGAAAAUCGAAGACUCAAUAACAAGUAAUUCGGCAACAAAUUACGACGAGACUAAAAGUAAAAGAAUUGAAGACUCAGAGGUUGGUGCUUCAACAGGUGAAAAAAGCAAUCUCGAUAGAGUGGAAAUGAAUGACUCAGUAAAUGAAGCAUUAAUCCUCAACACAAGUGAUAUCAGUCUUGAAAGUGCUCAAGGUUCAAUACCAUCGGUGUCCGCCGUCAACGACAACGAAAUCAGAAAAGAGAAAAAUGAAGACUUUGAAAUUAGCGCUUCAACAGGAGAAGAAAGCAACUCUGAUAAAGGAAAAAUUCACAACUCGAAGAGUGCAGCACCGACUCUGGAAGCACGCGACAUCAAUCAAGAAAUUAUGGAAGCUCUGAUCGCGAAUGUUUUAAAUAGCAAUGACGACAAGGCGGAUAGCUUGAAAGAUAAUGCUUUGAAGAUAAGCAUUUCCGAGGAAAAGGAAAGCACCAUCAACGUUCACAAGAUCGACGACUCGACAAGCACUUCUGAUACAAUCGAAGCAAGGAGCAUGGAUCUGGGAAGAAUUGACGAUCCAAUAGUAACUAUUCCUGAAGCAAAUUUUGACGAGAUCCAAAAUGAGAAAAUUGAAGACUCGGGAAUCAGUGCUUCAGCAGGUGAAGAAAACAGUUACAAUACAGCCGAAAUCAACGAAUCAGAAAAAUCUUUUGCUAUUUUGGAUACAGCGAGCUUUGAUCGGAAGAAUAUGGAAGAAUCACCAGAGAAUAUUUCGGCAGCGAUGAACAGUGAGAUCGAAAGUGAGACGUGGAAUGCUCGGAGACUAUCGUUUCAAAAGACAAAACAAAGUAAGCUCUAUUCAGACAAUAUUUGGGAUUCAGAGAAGGAUACUAUGGCUCUGGAAGUGAGUGACAUCAAUCGCCAAAAAACACACGAUUCAAUUGCCGGUGAGUCUGCAGCAAAUCAUGAAGAGAUCAAAAGUGAGAAAAUGACAGGCUCCAAGAUUAACGGAUCCGUAGACCAAAAUAGUAAUCUUAAUACAGGUGAAAUCAACGGCUCAAAAGGAUUGGUUAUGAUUUUGGAAGCAGACAAUUUCAGUCGUGAGAAUAUUGUAGAUUCGAAGGCUAGUGUUUGGACAACCAAUUACAAUGAGACAAAAGGUGGCAAAGACGUAUGUCUGGAAAUGGCUAAUUCCACAGUGCAAGAAAGCCAAUUAUAUAGAGAUGACAGUCAUGAAACAGAUAGUAGUACUAAGUUCAUUGAAGCAGGUGAUAUCAAUCGCGAGAACACGAAAAGUUUAAUGGCGAUUGUUUUGGCAUUAAAUGACGAAUCGAUCGAUAGUGAGGAUAUCGAAGUUUUGGAGAUGGACAUGGUUACGGAGCUAGAAAGCAAGCUCGAUUGUGUGAGCAUUGAACAGUCGAAAAGUGAAACCAUGAUAUCGGAAGCUGAGAUCAUCGAUCUUGAGAACAUUGGAGGUACAACAGCGGGUAUUCCGAGUACAAUGGAAACAGACCUCGAACGUAGGAAUAUGGCACCCUCCAAUAUGUGGAAUUCGUCCGAAGAAAAGAUUAUUUCCAUCGUCAACAACAUGAAAGAUGCGAGAAAUUCUUCUCGUGAAUGUAGUAGUGAUGAAGAAUAG